AGUUAAUAAUAUCUGGAAAAGGACCGGAUCGUUGACACCGAAGAAGUGACGCACACUAACGCAUCCUCACCUUCCUCCGGCUUACCACCGGCAGUCUGCUCGGUGAUGGUUAUAUAUUAUCUAAUUAUAUGCGUGAAAAGAUACUUAGGAGAUUAGCUAGCCGGCUUAACCGGUCUUGCUAGAUGCCUUUUGUCUUGAGCAUUGGGUAUGAAACUGUUAUCUCUUUAUAAAUAAAGGAAGUUCCCCACUACUGUAUCACGACUCACGAGCACCAUUGCAGUUGGAAGCAAAAUGCCACACUCUUAUGGAUUCUUCAUGGAAUCCAGUUCCUUAUCCUCACUGUGGUCGGAAACCAACAGCGGGAGUUGGGGAGUGUUCUUGACUCUCUCGGCAAUUUUUGCUGCAUUUUUUUACGCAUGGAGUUGCAUGAGAGAAUCCAAGAGUAGCAGAAUGUCGCCGCCGUUGCCUCCUGGUCCCCGUGGCCUCCCACUGGUUGGUAACCUUCUGUCCCUUGACCCCGAGCUCCACUCCUACUUUGCUGGCCUAGCCAAAACCUACGGCCCAAUCUUUAAGCUCCGACUGGGUACCAGGCUCUGCGUCGUAAUAGCCUCCCCUUCCAUCGCUCGAGAGGUCCUCAAGGACCAUGACGCCACGUUCGCCAAUCGCGGCGUCAAUGUUGCAGCUGGGGACGUCGCACUCUACGGCGGGGCAGAUAUAGUUUUUGCCCCGUACGGGCCGGAGUGGCGAAUGAUGAGGAAAGUGUGCGCGCUCAAGAUGCUUAGCAACACCGCCUUGGACUCGGUUCAAGAACUGCGCCACAAGCAAGUCCGAAAAGCUGUGGGUUACUUCUAUAGUCGGGUCGGGUCCCCCGUCGACGUUGGUGAGCAACUUUUCGUGGCCAUUCUCAAUCUUACCACCAACAUGUUAUGGGGUGGCACCAUGGAGGAGGAGGGGGUCGGGGCUGGGGUUUUGGCCGAGUUUAGGGAAGCAAUGAGGGACAUCGCGGAGCUUUCUGGGAAACCCAAUAUUUCGGAACUUUAUCCGGGUUUGGCCCGGUUUGAUUUGCAGGGCAUAGCGAAGCAGAUGAAGGAUGUGGAGCUUAGGUUUGAUAGGAUUUUUGAGAAAGUUAUCAAUCAAAGGUUGACGAUGCAGAAAGAAGGCGCGAAAGAGAGCAAUGAUUUCUUGACAUUUCUAUUGCGAUCUAUAGAUGAAGGAGGAGACGGCAAAACUCCUCUGACCAUGACACAUCUCAAAGCCAUGCUCUUGGAUAUGGUUGUGGGUAGUACUGACACAUCCGCCACCACAAUUGAGUUUGCAAUGGCUGAAAUUAUGAACAAACCAGUGGUGUUACAGAAAGCCCAGAAAGAAUUAGACGUUGUAGUUGGGAAAGACAGUAUUGUACAAGAGUCUCAUAUUCACAAACUACCAUACUUGGAUGCUGUGAUGAAAGAAACUCUGCGCUUGCACCCAGCCUUGCCUGUAUUAAUUCCACAUUGUCCAAGUGAAACAUGCACUGUGGGAGGUUAUACCAUUCCAAAGGGGUCUAGGAUUUUUGUUAAUGUGUGGGAUAUCCAUAGAGACUCUUCUAACUGGAAAAACCCAUUAGAGUUUAAUCCAGAGAGGUUCUUGAAUGGUAAGUAUGACUACACUGGAAGUGACUUCAACUAUUUUCCAUUUGGGAGUGGAAAAAGAAUAUGUCCAGGGAUAGCAACGGCAGAGAGGCUUGUCAUGCAUUUACUUGCAUCACUGUUGCAUUCUUUUGACUGGAAACUACCACAAGGACAGACGAAGUUAGAUGUUUCCGAGAAGUUUGGCCUUGUGAUGAAGAAGAAGGUACCUAUGGUUGCCAUCCCAACUCCAAGGUUAUUGGAUUCAGAACUUUAUCAGUAAGGUGCCUACAAGCUAGGUUAGCUAGCUAUCUUAUCAAGAAUGCGCGCUUUUGAUGGUACAUGUGAACUAGUACUUAUUCUGUUAGGUAAAAUUACAAGGUCUAGCUUGUUCACCUAGGUGGUGAUGUAAAUCAAAAAUUUCUCUUACAAUCACUACAAGAAAACUGAUCAUUCACGACGCUGAAUUUAUGGCGUGCAUUAAAUGCAUGCCGUAAAUGAUACUCAUUCACGGCGUGCAUUGAAUGUGCGCCGUGAAACUUGCAUUUUUAAAUAAUAAAGCAAAGCGUACAGUGAAAGCAUGCCGUGUUUGUUAUUGUGCAAAUGUUUAUUACGACGCGUUUGGAGUAUUGCCGUCUUUGUGUAAUCAAAACAGCUACGAAAUUUGGCCAAAAUUAAAGUUAAAUCUCCUUCUCAGUCCAUCCCUCACUCUUAUCUUUCUCUCUCCGUCGAGAAAUCUCAAACCAUUACCAGCUCCUCCGCCAAAAUCAAGUCACUCUCUGUCUCCGAGAUCACACCCCCUCAGCUCUCCAACCUCUCAAUUGUCAAAUCCGCCUCCACCUUCUCCUUCGCCUCCGCCUUCGCUAGUGAGCCAUCGGAGGCGGAGCUCCAUAAGUUCGGUGUCUCCGACGAUAUCAGAGCCUUUGUCAAGGGAUUCACUUCCGAAUUUUUUGAUUCGGUUAUUCAAAUGCGCACCGUUUCGAUCGAAUAGUCGACUCUCUAAUCCUUGAUGCUCUGCACUUCGCUCCUCGCAGCUCAUCGAUGGCGUAGGAUUUGAUUAAAUUUGCGAUCACCAGGGAUAUUAAAACAGUGAUCAAGAGUUUGUCUGUGAUGGCAAAGACGACUCUUCCAGUGGUGAGGAAAACAUAGAGACCCAGCAAAGCUUCGUAGAGUUAGAGGAAGCAUCAGUUUCCUGGAAUGGAGUUGAUCGUUCGAGAAUUUUCAUUUCAUCAGCUGAAUGCCAAUUUACUCUGGCCGGGGACAUUUGCAUUUGCAGAAUGGUUAAUUCAAAACAGGUCAUUGAUUGAGGGACAACAUUGUAUUGAACUGGGCAGGUCUUUCUCAAAGCUUUGACAUCCAUUUGUUAGUGGAAUCAUCCACUCCUGGCCAGGCAUAGACAAUAAUACUUGAAUGCAUUAUUUUUUUCUCUUGCUUUGACCUCGGGGCUCCCAAGUAAUAAUCGCAUUAUGUUAAUACUAUCUUUUUAAAUAUAUGGUAUACCUUCCUUUUGUUGUUUGUAAGAUGAAGUUUUGUUUACCUGCCGGUAGUUCGACUGAUUUUUCAGGAAAACCUUUGCAAAGAUGUAUGCAAUGUCUUCUCAUGAACCCUAGAUACAGAGUGUAACAUUACUGUUUUCUGUUUUCUACUUCUUUGUCUGUGAUGGCGUAGAUGGCCCCUGUGUUCGCAAAUUCAAUCAAGUGGGGUUGACAAUUCGGGCAAGACUAGGAUUGUGCUCACGAUUAAUGGGGAGGACACCAGCCUUGUCACUCCCACUCUCGACUUCAACAUCAACACCCUCACUUACCAAAACUCCAACUUCAAUGGGGAAACAAAAGGCAUCCGUAAGUGUUGAAUUUAUCAUGAAGAUCCAAGUAAAGCUGUUCUUUUAAGACACAAGAUGUAUUUGAAGUGGAAUGUGCAGUGAACGGUUGAAGCAAUCCACCCCAAUGGCUUUACACUACCACUUUAGGUUCAUUUUAUUUGUAUUGGUUUUGCUAAAAGCUUCAUUUGUUAUUGCUUCCACAACAUUUGUUUGUAUACUGCUCAACUUUUUAUACAAGUGAAUGUUCUCUUAUGAAAUUGCAACAAGCAAAGAAUUAGACAGAUUUGUUAUUCUUUUUA